AUGGAUGUGAAGAGUAGAAAUUAUUUACUUAUGAAUCGCCAAGCAUUGGAAAAAGACAUCAAGACCUCUUAUAUUAUGGAUCGUAUGAUUUCUGAUGAAGUACUGACAUUACAGGAGGAGGAGAAAGUGAAACAACAGAAUACACAGAAGGAGCGAGCAGCUAUGUUAAUAAACAUUAUUCUUACAAAAGAUAACAAUUCAUAUAGAUCCUUUUAUAAUGCUCUGCUUCAUGAAGGGUACAGAGAUCUUGCUGCGCUUCUUCAGGACGGCAUCCCUGCCAUCUCCUCUGGUAAUGGGAAAAGUUCAAUGGAUGGAAUGACUUCAUACGUUAAGACAAUUCUCUGCGAAGGAGGUGUACCACAGAGACCGGUUGUGUUUGUCACUCGGCCAAAACUGGUAGAUGCUAUUAAACAGAAACUGUGCUGCUUGGGAAGCGAUCCAGGCUGGGUCACAGUUUAUGGAAUGGCAGGUUGUGGGAAGACUGUUUUAACAGCAGAAGCUUUAAGGGAUCAUCAGCUCUUGGAAGUUUACUUUCCAGGAGGAGUUCACUGGAUCUCUGUUGGAAAACAGGACAAAGCAGGGCUCCUAAUAAAACUUCAGAAUCUCUGUAGUAGAUUAGAACAUGACUCUACUCUUUCACAAAGGCCACCACUUAACAUUGAGGAGGCUAAAGAUCGUCUUCGUUUGCUGAUGCUACGGAAAUAUCCCAGAUCUCUUUUGAUCCUGGAUGAUAUUUGGGAUUCCUGGGUAUUAAAAGCAUUUGAUAAUCAAUGUCAGGUUCUUAUCACCAGCAGGGACAGGAGUGUAACAGAUGCUGUGGCUGGCAUUAAAUACGAGGUUCAUGUAGAAAGUGGACUAGCACAUGAGAAAGGAUUGGAGAUUUUAUCCCUAUUUGUGAAUAUGAAAAUAUCAGAACUGCCAGAACAAGCUAACUGCCUUGUAAGGGAAUGCAAAGGUUCUCCUCUUGUGAUAUCCUUGAUAGGUGCAUUAUUACGAGACUUCCCUAGUCGUUGGGAAUACUAUCUCAAACAGCUGCAGAAUAAGCAGUUUAAAAGAAUAAGAAAAUCUUCUUCGUAUGAUUAUGAAGCCCUUGAUGAAGCAAUGUCCAUAAGUGUUGAACAACUGAAUGACAAUUAUAAAGACUACUAUAAAGACCUCUCUAUCCUCCCAAAAGAUGUUAAAGUACCUACUAAGGUUCUCUGUAUUCUUUGGGAUAUGGAAACUGAAGAAGUUGAAGAUAUACUACAGGAAUUUGUUAACAAAUCGCUAUUGUUCUGUGAUCGUAAUGGGAAGUCACUCCAUUAUUAUUUACAUGAUCUUCAACUUGACUUUCUUACAGAGAAGAAUCGCAACCAGCUUCAGGAGCUACAUAAAAACAUAGUAAAUCAGUACAAGAAAUAUUACAAACUUAAUACGCCUGUUCCAUCUCAAGAGGAUUGCAUGUACUGGUAUAACUUUCUAGCGUAUCACAUGGCUGGUGCCAACAUGCAGAAGGAACUCCGUGGUCUUAUGUUUUCUUUAGAUUGGAUUAAAGCUAAAACAGAAUUGGUAGGCCCUGCUCAUCUGAUUCAUGAAUACGUAGAAUACAGUUCAAUUCUGGAUCAAAAGGAUAGCACAGUACGUGAGAACUUCCAGGAAUUUCUGUCUUUAAAUGGGCACCUUCUUGGACGGCAGCCCUUUCCUGACAUUGUACAGCUGGGUCUUUGCCAACCAGAGACAUCAGAGGUGUAUCAACAAGCCAAGCUACAUGCUCAAAGAGAAACAGGAACAUUUUAUUUGGAAUGGAUAAAUAAAAAAUCCUUGAAAAACCUCUACCGUCUGGUUGUUCGUCCACAUAGAGAUGCAGUUUACCAUGCCUGCUUUUCUAAGGAUAGACAAAGAAUAGCAUCAUGUGGAGCUGAUAAAACACUUCAGGUGUUUAAAGCAGAAAGUGGAGAGAGACUCCUGGAGAUAAGUGCCCAUGAUGAUGAAAUACUUUGUUGCACCUUCUCUGCAGAUGGUGAAUUUGUAGCAACUUGUUCGGCUGAUAAAAAAGUGAAGGUCUGGAAUUCAAGAACAGGCCAGUGUAAGUGUGUAUAUGAAGAACACUCAGAGCAGGUCAAUUGCUGCCAGUUCAAUAACAGAAGGGGCCAGUAUCUUUUAGCCACCUGCUCAAAUGAUACUUUCAUCAAACUUUGGGAUUUGAACAAAAAGCAUUGUAGAAAUACGAUGAUGGGUCAUGAAAAUUCCGUCAAUCACUGUAGAUUUUCACCAAAUGAUGAAUAUGUUGCUAGCUGCUCAACAGAUGGAACAGUAAAGCUUUGGGAAGCACGCUCAGCAAAUGAACUGAAAAGUAUUGAGAUAAAAGAUUUCUUCAAAAAUGCAGAUGAGCAACCAGAUGAUGUGGAGGUUUUAGUAAAAUGUUGCUCUUGGUCCAGAAAUGGUGACAUGAUUUUGGUGGUAGCCAAAAAUAAGCUUUUGCUUUUUGAUGUUAAAACAUGUGAUUUGUUAACAGAAGUCAUUGUAAGUCAUCACAGUACAAUCCAAUACUGUGACUUUUGUCCUGGUGAUGAGUUAGUAGCAGUUGCUUUGUCUCACUGUUCCGUUGAGUUAUGGAAUAUUAAAUCUUUAUCAAAAGUAGCAUAUUGCAGGGGACAUAUGAGCUGGGUUCACUGUGUGACAUUUUCGCCAGAUGGAUCUUUAUUUCUGACAUCAUCUGAUGACCAGACGAUACGUAUUUGGGAAACAAAGAAGGUGUGCAAGUCUUCUGAUGCUGUGCUAAAAAGUGAACUAGAUGUUGUAUUUCACAAUGGUGAAGUGAUGAUUUUAGCAAUUUACAAUCAGAAGCAUUUACAACUUAUCAAUGGAAAUACAGACAGCGUUGUUAUGCAGACAGCAGCUCAAGAAUCCCCCGUUUCCUGCUGUUGCUUAAGUGAAGAUGUUAAAUUUGCAGCUUUUGGACAGGAGAGUGGAACAAUAAAGGUAUUACAGUUGUUGGAUGGCAAAGUUCUGAAGUGCCAGGAGGCCUACAGGACAUCCGUGCAGCAUUGUCGAUUUACAUCCGAUUGUCAGACUCUCAUUUCAAGUGCUCAUGAUUCAGUUAUACAGGUAUGGAAUUGGCAGUUGAGUGAGUGUGUGUUUCUAAGAGGGCACAAGGAAGCAAUCAAGGAUUUUAGGCUGCUGGAAAAUUCAAAACUCCUUUCUUGGUCAUUUGAUGGAACUGUUAAGGUUUGGAAUAUCACUACGGGAAACACAGAAAAAGAUUUUGCUUGCCAUGGAGGUGCUGUUCUCUCCUGUGCUGUUUCACCUGAUGGUAGUAAAUUUUCAUCUACUUCUGCUGACAAAACUGCAAAGAUAUGGAGCUUUGAAAGUUCAUCUGUUCUUCAUGAGCUGAAAGGUCAUGAAGCCUGUGUGCGGUGCUGUACUUUCUCUCCUAACAACAAAUUAUUGGCCACUGGAGAUGAUAAAGGAGAAAUAAGGAUUUGGGACAUUUUAGCAGGUGCAUUACUUCACUUCUGCUCCCCAGUUACUGUAGACGAAGGAGAACCAACACAUGGUGGUUGGGUAACAGACCUCUCAUUUUCUCCUGACAGUAAAAUGCUUGUGUCAUCUGGAGCCUAUAUUAAGUGGUGGAAUGUAACUACUGGAGAAUCCUUACAAACCUUCUACACAAACGGAACAAACCUCAAGUCAAUACAUGUGUCCCCUAAUUUCAAAGUGUAUGUGACUGUUGAUAAUCUUGGUAUUCUUUAUGUAUUACAGAAGAUGUGAUUAACAUGCUGAACACUGCAAAGAUAAUUCAUUUUUUUGAGCUGGAAACAAAAUUCUGCUAAAUGUUUGUCUGACACUCGUUAAGCUGUGAAUUAUAUUUCA